UUAUCAUUUUAUGCAAUAUGCAGCAGAAUUCAGUCAGACAUAGAUCAUCUAGUAAUCCGAUAAGAGUAUCCACGAUCGAACGAAAUGACAAAAGUUUGACCCGAACCGAUCAGCGAAAAACACAAACAUUGAGGAAAUCAAAGGGUGAAGCUUCACAUAUUCCUAGGCCUCGUUUUAGAAGCUCUUCCAGUGACCGAGCAGGAUCACUUGGCAGAAAAUCGUAUUUGAAAACGACAGGAAGAACUCCGCUACGUCAACCAAUAACUCCAAUCACUCCAAUAAGAGUUUCCACUAAGCUUAAUGUACCCACCGUAGUACUUACAGCAAGUUCUAGCAAGCAUCAUGUGUCAAUACCGAUAGGUCGAUCACCAUCUGGCGACCGUGCUAGCAGCGUGGGCAUUAAAGGUCCCAGAAAGGAUACAAGACCCUUAUUGGAUAAGACUUAUCAGGCGGCCCUGCUAAACAAAAUAGAUAAUUUUUUUUAUGUAAAUCAAUAUUCAGCAAUGCUAAACAGCAAUGGCAGUUUGAGACCGAUUACACUGAAGAUGUUUGUGGAAGUUUCUGGCUUCCUAUUGAAGUAUCUUGGUGUUAGACAUGCUCUCACAAUGGCAAAUUACGUAGAAGAAUUACCAAAAUGUGCAGAAAAGAUACAUUAUCCUGGCAAAAUCAAAUCGUGGCUGAUAACUGCUAAUGCACCACAUUCAUGGUCCAAUGUUCUCGGUUGGAUCGGUUGGUUGGUAGAAGCAUGCCAAGUGAAAGAAAUCGCGUUCGAUAAAUAUCAACUAGAAACAUUACCAUUCAUAGGAACGGAGCAGCAGGCUCAAAGUUACAAAAUGGAGUUUCAAGCACUGUUGGAAUGCUAUAAAGCUUGGACUGUUGAAAAUCGUGACGAGGAAGCAGAAUUAUUGGAACAAUAUCUGCAGAAUGUUCUAGUUCAACAAGGUAUUACUGAUGAUGAUAUAGCUCAAGCACAAAAAGAAUUGAAACAAGAAGAAAUAAAGUUACAAAUGCAUGAAGAAGAAUCACAGAAACUUGACGAAAAAUUGGAAUAUUUACAACAGAAAUUAGCAUCUUUGCGUGCCAAGGAAUCUCAACAAUCAAGCAAUAUUAAAACCAUGGGGGAUUGUAUAAAGAAAGUUUCCGCUGAGACAGAUCAAUUAAAUGCAGAACGUGAAGUUUUAAAGGAACAAAUUCGGAUAGGAGAUAUACAAUACGAAGAAUUAAUCUCAAUUGUAAAAAAUCAACCAAUGUCUAAAACUGAAAAAGAAAACAUUGUUAAAAAAUGUACAGAAAUUCAAAACUACAUACAUCAAUUUGAUGAGCAUUUGAAAGAUUACCAAAAGGAAUUGUAUUCUUUAGAUAUUAAAUUUGCGACUUUUAAUAAUAAUCUCAAUAAAGCAAUAUUAGCAUAUAAUAAGGAAGUCUUUAUGCAUAUUGAUAACGACGUUGGUGUAAAUUUCGAAGAAUUGAAGCUCCCGGAAAAAGGAUUGUUGGAUCCUCGGAUAAUGGAUAUAAUGCAAGAAAAGGCCACUUUAAUAAAAACAUUCAAAGAAAUAUUGAUGAAGCAAUGCAACGAGACGGAGUCUCUUAUCCGUUCUGAGAUCGCAAAAUUGGAAAAACUGCAAGAAGAAAUUAAAUCUUUGCCAGAUGAAAGCAAAUUGAAGGAGGAAAUAUCUCACAUUAAUAAAAUGAAGGCAGAUGCGAAAAAGAAAAAAGCAAAGCUUAUAAAACGCAUAGAAAACUUGAAAAACGAAAUUAAAGAAAUGCAAGAUGUGAUGCCAGAUACACAAGCAGUAGACUUCGAAAUAGAAGAGGCACGAGACAAAUUAGAUGCAGUUGUAAGAAGAAAAACAUUUUUAGAACAAGCUGCCAAACAAUUUUUUGUAGAAUUAUAUGAAAUCAUCGGCGAACACAGAAAAGCGCUUCAUAAUAUUUUAACAAAAGAUAGAACAAAAUAA